AUGGAGUUGCCAAAAAGUUUCAAGAGCCAAGGAGAGCAUAAGGUUUGCAAGUUGGUUAAAUCCUUGUAUGGCCUUAAACAGGCUUCCAGACAAUGGAACUUGAAACUUACUCAUGCUUUGCUUGAUGCUAGAUUCACUCAAAGUGCUCAUGACUAUUCUCUCUUCUUUCUCCAUCAAGGUGAUGACAUAGUCAUAGUUCUUGCAUAUGUUGAUGACCUGCUUCUUACUGGUAGCAAUGCUACUUUGAUUGAUGCAACAAAAACCAAGUUGCACCAGCAGUUCAAGAUGAAAGACUUGGGGAAUAUCAAAUACUUCUUGGGUAUUGAAGUUCUCAGCUCAACUUCAGGGGUGAUAUUAAAUCAAAGGAAAUAUGUCCUAGAAUUAAUUUCAGAGACUGGUCUUAGUGGUUCAAAACCUACAAUCACUCCCUUAGAAUCCAAUGUAAGGUUGACCUCACUUAAGUAUGAUCAAACCACAGGUGCACAAGGUGAUGAUUUACUGUCUGAUGCCUCUUCUUAUCAAAGACUAAUAGGUAAACUCAUGUAUGCCACUAUUACUAGACCAGAUAUUAGUUUUGCAAUCUACAUCCUCAGCCAGUUUAUGCAACAUCCUAAGAGAUCACACUGGGAGGCCGCUACCAGGGUAGUCAGGUACCUCAAAGGCUCUAUUGGUCAAGGAAUAUGGUUACAAGAUAAAUAUUCUACCACUCUAACUUAUUGGUGUGACUCAGAUUGGGCUGCUUGUCCUAGGAGAUUAGUUAUUGGUUAUGCAGUUCAUUUUGGUGAAUCUUUGAUUUCUUGGAAGUCCAAGAAACAGCACACUGUUUCCAGGAGUUCUGCUAAAGCUGAGUAA